GCGUAUGAACCUUUAUAAAAACGCAUCGUCGAUUACCUAUAUAUGCUACAAGAUGUGCUCGAUUACAAUACGAAAUGUGGGUAUAGUUUAGUCCGUAUUUGCAAUGGCAAAAAUCCCAUAUGCACACAACGCCGGCAAAAGACCAUUCGGUCGUAGGUGUAUGCGUGUUAUUCCGUUUAUUAUUGAUAUAAGCUGUUAUUGUUUUGAUUUUUUCUAGCCUACAAUAUAGUUAAAGUGAUUUAUUUAUUUAUUUUUUUUAAUUUGAUUCAAGUAUAUUAAAUCGAUGAUAAUCAGAUUUUAGAUAAGUUAUUACUUAUAGAAAAAGUAGAAGUAUUUUUAAAUAUCUAAGGGAGAAGUUGUACUUAUACUUAUCUGAAAAUGGAAACUAAAAAAUUACUGGUUUUGUUUUUUGUGCUUUCAAGUUAUAUGCAGUUAGCAUCACCUUUGAUUUUUGAAAGCUUAGUCAUUGGUGGUGGUGCUGCUGCUGCAUAUUACAUGCGCUGUAAAAUGUACGAAUGUUGUGAUGAUGACACAAUACCUCGGUCUACCUACCUUCUUCUGCAUAAUAUGAAAGCCAAGUUAUAUGGACAACAAAUUGCAAAAGAUUUAGUUUUCAGUGCUAUUCACAGUCAUGUUUUCCAUUCCAAUCCGAGAAAACCUUUGGUUUUAAGCUUUCAUGGUCUACCUGGAAGUGGAAAGAAUUACGUUGUUUCCAUGAUAGCUAAUGCAUUAUAUAAAAAAGGCGAAAAAAGCAGUCACUACCAUUUUUUCAAUGGUCGGAGCGAUUUUCCUAAUGAUCAUAAAGUUGCACUUUAUAGGUUUGAACUGGAUCAAAAAAUAAAAAAUGCACUGAGUGCAUGUCCAAGAUCUAUGUUUGUCUUUGAUGAAGUUGAUAAAAUGCCAGUAGGUGUUUUAGAUACUCUAGUGCCUUUCCUUGACUAUACCAGUUGGAAUAACAAAGAGAAAAGCAAAGCCAUCUUCAUAUUUUUAUCUAAUACUGGAAGUGAUCAAAUUGUAAAUCGAAUGUUACACCUCUGGAUAAAUGGCAAGAGUCGUAAUGACGUAACUAUUAGAGACUUUGAAUCAUUAAUAGAAUUAGGAGCAUUUAAUGAAAAAGGAGGCCUGUAUAAAAGUGGAACUAUAGAAUCGAAACUCAUUGAUCAUCAUGUUCCUUUCCUUCCUAUGGAAGAAGAACAUGUAAGACAAUGUAUUAUUGAUGCAUUUAAACAUUGGGGCACUGACAAUCCUUCUGAUGACUUAAUUAAAGAAGUUUUAAAACAUGUUACUUAUGGACCUCCACCUCAUAAUUUAUACUCUACAUCAGGCUGUAAAAAAUUAGAUCAUAAAGUAUCAUUUGUUUUAUUUGGAAGGGAAUUCGAUGAUUGAUAUGAUUCCAAAAAAGAUAAUCGAUUUGAAACUUGAAAUCUUCAUUGAAAACAAUUAAAAGAUGAUUUAAACUGCUCACUCUAGAAUUUUAUCUAAUCAAGUUUCAAAAGUUUUUUUGGAUACUAUUGUAAAUAUUGUGAUUAUGCUCCACGACUUUUACUCAAAUUAAGAAUAAGAAUUGAAAAUCGUUAUAAUAAUACAUCCGUUUAUUUUUUAUUGCGUUCUUUUUAUACUUUAUAUCUUUUAUCAUAAAAACAAUUUUGUACUAAAAAGAUGAUAUAUCUUUAUAUAUAAAUAAAAAUUUUAAUUAA